UUUUUUAACAGGAGCUAAUACAUAUAUAGAGUACUUAUUUUUUCAAUUUAUCAAUUUUGUAGGUGGACAGGAACGGAUAUUUUCAGAAGAUGCAGGAAAAGUUCAGGAAGAAAUCCCAGAAACUGUUCCUUUCCCUUGCAACGUUACAGGCGGUAGAUCUUCUGAGAUACCCGAUUCGGUCCAUCGUUUAAGGCCAGGUGACAUAGACGUUAUCGCCCAGAUGGGAGAUUCAUUGAGUGCCGGUAGCGGAAUUUUUGCGACCAGAUUUAUGCAUCUCUUUAUCGAGAACAGAGGCGUAGUUGCGGCAAUUGGCGGUGAAGGGACCUGGCGAAAGUACCUUACACUUCCCAAUAUUCUCAAAGAGUUCAAUCCUAAUCUAAUCGGCUAUUCGCUUGGGGAUUCUGCAACCACGCAGCCACAAUCGGAAAUGAACGUUGCUGAGGUCGGUGCAAUGUCUAAAGACAUGCCUUUCAUGGCAGAACAACUGGUUAAGAAAAUGAAAAAUGAUCCAAGAAUAAAUAUUCAAAAACAUUGGAAGUUAAUUUCGUUAUUUAUUGGAAGUAACGAUUUCUGUAGCGAAAUGUGUAUAUCUCCUUCCCCAUGGUCUAUCUUAGAGUCACAUAAGAAUGAUUUGAUAACUACUCUCAGAAUAUUGAGGGACAAUUUACCAAGAACGUUCGUUUCCAUUCUCAUACCUCCACACUUAAAAGCAUUUAUUAAUUCACGUAAAGGAAGAUUCUCAUUGGACUGCUAUUUCAUUACAAAUAUCGUAUGUCCAUGCUUAAUCGGUUUGCAAUACAAAGAUCGAAGAGCAGAAUAUUAUAAUGUAAUAAGUAGGUCUGUAUGUGUCUAACGUAAAUAAAAUUAUAUUGUGCCUACACAAUUUUCUAUA